AGUCAUUGUUUACGAUUUUUGUGAAUUAAGUGCCCCACCUCUCCCCAGUAUCCCGGGGAGAGGUGGAACAUACAUCCUGCCUAUGUGAAUUCUCAAGAGAGACUGAGAGUUUCUAGCCCUGAGAUUGGCUUAUCAACAGCCAAUCAUAAGUGUUACAGAAGAAGAGGAAGUGGAGUAAAUGCUGUGAUAUAUUCAAAAUGGUGGUUGUCUGAAUAGGUGCAAAGCAACAGAAAUUAUAAAGCUUGAGAAGGCUUACUGUUGGCUGUGAUAAAUUAAAGUGCUUAAUUGAAAUCUGUGCCUUCAUCAUUUCACCAGAAAAUUAGUGGAUCUGUAUUGGUGGUGAAGUGAUACUGAUUUACUGUAUCAUAUAUGUAUUUUGCGAGAAUACAUCUUGAUACCAGGAGAGAAUGAAUAAUAAUGGUCUAGGAGGUUCCAUGGUCAUUCUUCUUCCUGAACGUCUUGACCCCAGUCGAAAGGUUGAAACUCCAAAUCAGCAAGCGAUGAAUCCUUUAAGUGAAACUCCUGAAUCACAUGUGAAUGGCAUGACUACUCCAGCCAGGCCACCAAGUGCAGCAUUAAAAGCAAAAAUUCGACCAAAAAAAGCUCCAGAACUCCAAACAAUUGAGCGGCGGAACUGGCUGAUUCAUUUACAUUAUGUGCGAAAAGAAUUUGAACUUUGUAAGCAGCUUAUCCGUGAACAGUUGGAUGAAACGCGAGGGAUGUGUGAAUAUGCUAAUUAUGUUCAGGGACUUAUACUAAGGCAAGAAGGAAAAAUUCAGGAGUCAUUUGAGCUUUUUCAGCUUUGCAAUAUUCUGAACCCAAGUAGCAUUGAAAAUAUAAAGCAAAUGGCUCGAGCACUGUUUCUUUUGGGCCGUCAUAAAUUGGCUGUUGAGGCAUACAUUCAAGCAGAAAACAAGUGUGAUAAGGCAGAUUGGGAGAUUCAUCACAAUCUAGGAGUAUGCUACAUGCAUCUGAAAGAGUAUGACAAUGCAAGGGAGCAGCUCAUCUUUGCUCUUGAACAAAACAAGCACCACCAGACUUUUGCCAUGUUAGCAAAACUUUACCUUUUGGAGAAUGAUGUUGCUUCUUCCAUAAAUACAUACCGAGCUGCAAUUGAGUACUUUCCCGAAAAUGCAGACCUUCACACAACGCUUGGGUUGUUGUUUAUGCAGACAGGCAAGCAUCAACAAGCUUUUGAGCACCUUGGGACAGCACUAACUUUUGAUCCAAACAACACACGUGCCUUAAUUGCAGCGGGUUCUAUGAUGCAGAGUCAUCAAGAUUUUGAUGUUGCCCUUGCUAAGUACAGGGUUGCUGCACAGUCUAUUCCAGAAUCACCUCCCCUCUGGAACAAUAUAGCAAUGUGCUUCUUUGGCAAGAAAAAAUAUGUUGCU